AGAUGAUUACAUUCAUGCAUUCAUUGCGUGGUUUGAUAUUGUUUUCUCAGCGUGUCACAAACCUAUCAGAUUUAGUACAGGUCCACACGCGAAGUACACGCAUUGGAAGCAAACUGUAUUUUAUACGUCUGAUGCUGUCACUAUCAAAGGUGGUGAGGCUAUCGAGGGCACAUUAUCGUGUGCGCCGAAUAAAAAGAAUAACCGUGAUCUGGACAUUGAAAUACAUUAUGAUUUUCAUGCGAAUAAAGUUUACGACAAGAAGGGCGAUGUUUUUGAUUUAGCGUGUCAUGUGUUGAAUUUUGUACUCCUAAUUUCGCAUUCCUUGUGGUUAAUUAUGUUUCUACCUUUUAAUCACAUGAAUGAUCCUGGUCCGUUUAUCGGCAUUCAUAUCCUGCAAGGAUAUCCUAUGCAAAUUGCUGGAGCCACAAGACGCUAUCCUUAUCCCAAGGAAGUUUGGUCACCAGCUGGUGGUUGGUGGACUCGACCUUCAAAUUGGAAGUCCAACACAGCAAUUGUUGCGACCGGGAUGUUUGUAAUUGUAGGGGUUCUUUGGAAAAUAUCGGCUGAACGUGAGUGGAGACAUACCAAGCCCAACCGAUGGAUUCCUUCAAUGAUGUGGUCAAAACAAUUCAUAGAUGGAGAAUAUAAAGAUCUCAAGUUUGAUAAAAACGGAAAUGAGAUCAAGAAACAAGAGUAG